AAGGCUAAGUUCAGAUCAAGUAACCGAACACUUAGAUCUGCAAGAGAACUACUAUGACUAUUCCAGUAGCCUCCAACACCGACCCCAAAGUGCUACGGGUCUUUGUGGUCAGACAUGGCCAGACAGACCACAACGUCCAGAAGAUUCUCCAAGGACACAAAGACAUUGACAUCAACGAACGAGGCGCUUCACAGGCUGUCUUGGUGGGCAAGGUGUUUGCUUCCAUUCCUCUUGACGACAUCGUCUCGUCCGACUUGGUCAGAUGCAAGAAUACAGUCUCGGAAAUUGCCAAGUUCCAUCCAGAGGUAGAAACCGCCUACACUUACAACUUCAGAGAACGCAACAUGGGGCCAGUUGAAGGCAUGUACCUCACAGAAGCAAAGGAGAAGUACGGGGAUAACUACAGAAACAUGGGCGAACAGCCCAAGGAGUUCAGGGAAAGAGUGGAGUCAGAGUGGCUCAAGGUGGUGGCAAAGAACAACGACAGCACCAAUAUAGUCUUGUGUACACAUGGUGGUGUUAUAAGCAUGUGGGCAAACUACUUAUAUAGAGAGAAAGGAUUCAAAUCCAGGGUGAAUGAAGAGAAGUUGAAGUUCCCGUUCAACACCUCAAUCACAGUGAUCGAUGUGCAUAAAGGGACAGGCGAAGGUUGGAUCCAGGACUUCGGAAGCACGGAGCACUUAGGCGGGCACUUCGAAGUGAAGGACCAAGAGAUUAGAUAA